GAGAAAACAGACAUAGAAGGGACCUUAUUUGUGUAUAAAAGGUCAGCUUCUCCUUAUCACGGUUUUACGAUAGUGAAUCGACUGAACAUGCACAACCUGGUUGAACCAGUAAAUAAAGAUUUGGAGUUUCAGCUCCAUGAACCUUUUCUUCUCUACAGAAAUGCUAGCUUGUCAAUUUAUAGUAUCUGGUUUUACGACAAGAAUGACUGUCAUCGGAUAGCAAAACUCAUGGCCAAAGUGGUAGAACAAGAAACUCAGAGAUCGCAGCAAGUUGCCCAGGACAGAAAAAGUCCCAGCAGAACCAAUGGCUGCAAUGAAAACAGGCCCAUUGACAUCCUGGAAAUGCUUAGUAAAGCCAAGGAUGAAUAUGAAAGAAACCAGAUCAGUGACUUAAGUAUUGUAUCAAGUUCUGGAAUGCAACAAAAUGCAAAUCCUCCAAAGCCAGAAAGCACAGAGCCUUCAGAACAAAAAACUUCAUUACAAGUGCAAGAGCAGCCAUUUCAGUCAAGGCAGAAGCAUCUGACUUUGGAGGAACUGUUUGGAACCUCUGUACCAAAGGAACAGCCUGCAGCUCCAUAUUCCAAUUCAGAGAGAAUGGAAAAGUUGCAGACUGACACCUCUGUCAGAGAACAGCACAGUUUGCUCUUGCCUUUUUCCUUUGACCAGUCAACAGUAAUACAACAAUCACUAGGGAAAUCAGAAAGUCCAAGCAUUAAAACUAGUGCCAAUCCUUUGGAAUGUUUAACACCUAUGCUCAUACCUCCAGCUUCAGUCCCCCAGCCUGAUGUACAAAACGCUUCAAGCUAUUCAGUUCGUUUAAGCCCUAUUCAUAAUUCAGCCUCGACAAUGGAAGCUGCCCCUGCUCAGAUCCUUCCUGGCCUGAAACAAAGCAACAGUAUAAUGCAAGUUAUGCAGCAAGCGGCCAAGCAGAUAUCCCCACUAGUGAAUCAGCCGCUGUCUGAAGUCAACCACGCUCCACAAAAUCUAAUGGCUGGCCAAAGCCAGCUCAUAGCACCCUUGACAGCAGCGAAUACAGGAACUGUCUCAAAUACAUCCCAUGCAAGCGUUGAUCUUCUCCAGAAGCUCAGGUUGACCCCACAGCAUGACCAAAUGCAACAGCAGUCUCUAGCUAAGACUCCCUUAACGCCAAACAUCUCUGCCUCGGUUGGCCAACUUGCAACGCCACAAAGCUUCAAAGAGUCUCACAGUAAGCCAUCAACCUUGAGCAGCAAGAUAAUCUCUCCCCUUCAGACUGUACAACAAAACAGGGAAUCAGAAGUAUUUCCACAGCCGAAGACUUUGUCUAAAGCAAGCCAAGUUGCACCUCCACAGUUUGUUACAGCCACAACUACAGUAGCGCCUUCAAUCCUCCUGUCUCCUAGUGUUUUUCAGCAAUCAUCUACAAAAGCUACAGAAGUGGAGAGCAAACCCAAUUCUUCUUCGCCUUUAACACUUGGAACAACAGAAAUUCAGCCUAUACCUCCUACUGUUCUCAGUAGGUCUCAGCUUCAAGAAGCACUGAUACAUCUAAUAAAGAAUGAUUCCCGUUUUCUCAGCACUAUUCAUGAAGUCUACUUGCAAGUCCUAAACAAGAACACAGACAACGUUAAGCUAUAA